AUGGAUAGUUCAAAGUGUGUACCACUAAGUAAGAUGAUAGACGAUAUCAUCCAAUUCUUCAUGGAGAAUCCUGGAUCUGUAACUACAAUGGGGCUGAUCAUCAGUGGUUUUCUGCUGUUAUGUUACCUUCAUCGCAAUCAUCCAAACAGUUCUUACUCAAAGUUUCUGAGUACUGUCUACCUUAUUGCUUUCGGCUUCACAUUGGUUGGUUGUGUUGCUUAUGCCAUUAUGGUUGGACUGUAUAACCGUUUGAAGAAGUGGAAGAGUAAUGAGACGGAACUUCAACUUAUCGAAUCGAAAGAAACUUCGAUGAACACGGAUGAAGAAGAAGACCCAGCCGAACUUUGA